CAUUUUAAACAAAAACAGUUUAGAAUGUUUGUUAUAACAAACAUGAUGAUAAAAACCUCCCGUUUACACGUAAUAUUUUGUUUGCAUUAAAUCCCGAAACCUGCAUGUAUUUCAAGAGUGUAAUACAUUUGAGACUGCAUGUUUAUUUUAUUAUUUUAUUACCGUAUAAUAAAUCAAAUAAAGACAUAAGAUGAUGGUGAAAUGUUUGAUUUUAACUUCCAAAAUGUUUCAAAUUUAAGUUGUUAAGUGGCAGGUUGUUUGCUUAUGCUCUUGCCAAACCAGGAAAAUAUUAUUAGCAAGGUUUCAGGUAUUAUCGUUACAACAAAUCAGAAACUUAAGAGAUUUUCACUUAACAACAGAGGAAUUUGUUUUUAAUGUGGUAGGAGAAAUGGAUGAUGGUCCUUAUGAUGCCGACAUGGCUGAUUUAAGUAUAUGGAAUGAUGCUGCUCAAUAUGAAAACACAAACAAAGUCUCGGGAAAAAAAUCAGAAUGUGAUACUCAAAAAGAUGAAGAAUCGCAUUAUGAAACGCUGCAUUUAGAAGAAUUGGACAAACCUAAAAGUAAAACAGAAAUUCAGGACAAAAGUUUGAAGCGACUUAAAUGUGUAAUUUAUAUCUUGAUAGUGUUGAUAAUUGUUCUUUACGUUACCCUCAUCUCUAUGAUAAUGAUUAUGUUUCUGCCCAAGGAUUCAAUCGAUGGUCAAUGGGCAGAUUGGUCAAGCUGGACUUCGUGUGACGUGACGUGUGGUAAUGGAACAUAUCUACGGACAAGGGCAUGUUUAAAUCCAGAACAUAAGAAUAACGGAAGUGAUUGUGUCGGAGAAAGCUUGCAGAGCAGUGAUUGCUUGAAAGAGAGUUCAAUACUCUAA